UACAAUUCUUAUUGUUAAUUUUGUUUACAGUUCGAACUUAUGAUAAUGCAACCACUUGUGGUUUAGUAUGGACUCCCAAUUUUGUUGCAUAUCGUUGUAGAACUUGUGGAAUUUCACCAUGCAUGUCUUUAUGUACCGAGUGUUUUAAAAAAGGUAACCAUCAGAGGCAUGACUUUAAUAUGUUCCUCAGUCAAGCUGGUGGCGCCUGUGAUUGUGGGGACACUUCUGUUAUGAAGGAAACUGGGUUCUGUGAUCGUCAUGGUCCUAAUAAAUCAAAAAAUAAAUCUCCAGCCCCUGCAGACCUAAUGUGUGUUGCAGAAGCUAUGAUGCCGCGAAUUAUUUUACGUCUUAUCCAACAUCUUAGAGAAAACAGUGGCAGUUCACCUGAUGCAUACAUACAAGAUGCAGAUGCAUUUAUAACGAUGCUGUUGGAUUUUAACAACAUGGGGGGUUUGAUGCGAAAAGUUAUGACACAAGCUUUAACUAAUCCACAGAUGUACAGGGUGUUGAAUGAAAUUCCUCAACCAGCUUCGUCCGAAUAUGCACAGUACAUGGUCGAAUCAAAAAGGACAUACGAAGAGGCUCUGCGUUCGUUGCCAAAUCCUGAACCUCCAGAGGAGUAUAAAGAUUGUCCCUCGUUACAGGAGCACUUAACACACAAGACGUUUCUUGAGGAAUUGGUCUUUUGGACUGUUAAAUUCGAAUUUCCACAAAAGAACGUCUGUUUACUGCUCAAUAUGCUACCCGAUCCUGAUUACAAGGAUGCAUUAACCAGAGCUUUUGUGCUUCACUACAGUAGAAUUUCAAUGAUGUUGGAAAGCUCGACAGACCCAGACACCUUGAGUAAUCGCGUGGUUCACGUUAGCGUUCAGUUGUUCUCAAACGAAGAACUCGCCCUAAGAAUGACCGAGCAGCUCAACUUGCUUCAUGUGAUGGUCGUUACAUUGAAAUACAUGAUGAGCAAGAUCCUGAUAAAAAAUACACUUCAUGAUGCUUUUUCGAAUAACCACUUUGUCGUCGACUGUGGUAAACCUGUGAUGAAAGAGCAUUGCUAUUGGCCUCUUGUUUCUGAUUUGAACAACGUUCUGUCACACAGACCAGUUGCAUUAAAGUUCAUGGCCGACAAUUCAUUGUUAGAAAUGUGGUUCACGUUUCUGUCUAUGUUCCAAGGAAUGAACGUGAACCAGCAAGAACUAAACCAACACGUUGAAUUUGAGCCUAAUACGUACUAUGCCGCCUUCAGUGCUGAAUUGGAAGCAAGUGCGUACCCAAUGUGGGCUUUAGUCUCACACCUAACCGACGACACAACUGCACAUCUCACACAAAAAGUGCUCAGCUCGUGUCUCAACGCAUUGCUCAAAUGGCUGGGCGCAAUAAGGUUUACUAGUCCAUAUGUGAACGAUAGCCAAGUAUCAUUCCAUCUGCCUCUCCAUCGAUAUUUCGCUGUAUUCCUAUGCCAAGCUAUCGCAAAACAGGGUAUGACGUUAGACGAAAUAUUACCUUCAUCUGCAACACUCCGAUUGUUGAUGAUGCAUCCCCUUCGUGUACAGGUUGCGUUUUACGAAAUUUUAAAUGGGCUAUGGGUUCGAAACGGUCUCCAAAUAAAAGGACAAGCCAUGACAUAUAUUCAAUGUAAUUUUUGUAAUUCAAUGGUUGACGCUGAUUUGUAUUUAUUGCAAAUAUGUUGUACCCGCAUUCCAAUGGAUUUCUUUUUCACCAUUCUCAUAGACAAGUUCCGAAUAAAUGGUUUUAUGAGUAUAGCUCCUCAACAGUCUCCUGUUAACGCCCUGUUGUAUGGAGUCCACGACACGCCCAUGUUAGAUAGUUUUUUGACAUUUCUCGCAACCCUGGUCAGCGUUAGAACUAAUUUAGGUUUAUCAGAAACGGAGUUGAAUCGCCUCGAAAUGAUAACGUUACUAUGCAUGGGUGAUAAAACGCAUUCACAACUUAUGGAGUUAAUGCCAGAAAGGUGUGGAACUUCCCAGAGUCGCGACUUUGAAUCAUUGUUGGCAGAGGUGGCCGAUUAUCGAGCUCCUGCUCUUGAAGCAACCGGGAACAUGCAACAAGGAAUGUACGUACCGAAAACAUCAGUCUGGGAAAAUCAAUACGAUCCUAUACAGGUUCUUCUGAGGGCAGUACAUCGGAGGGAUUUUCAAACGUCAAUGGACAGGUUUACGGAAUAUGCUAAACAAGCGAAUAAACUAAAGCCAGGAACAAGCCCUUGGCCACCUUUCAGGCAACCUGCUCCCACAUCCGUUGCCUACGAAGAUCCCCGCAAAAUUUUGCAAUCUAAAGUGUUCCAUGCCAUCGCAUUUGUGGUACUAUAUAAAGCUGUGAAGGGUCAAAUAAGCGAACAUGUGAUAGCCCUAAUAAUUUUCUUGUUGGAAAUGGCUGUGGAAGUUUGCGAAAAGGGCGACGAGAGCUUUAAAAUGUGCCAAAGUGCCCCUGGUCAAAGUCAGAGACAGAUGCAUGACAUGGAUCUUUCAAACUGGUUUAAGACUGAUUGCCUCACAGAAAAUCUACAAACCGUUAUCAACCGUGUUAUUUUAAAGCCUGACCCUGUAGUGUCUCCUAUAGCGUAUAGUUCAGAAAGUGAUAGUGAAUGGGAAGGUUUAGAAGUCGACAACGAGAUGUCAGAUAUGUCAGCCGAAGAAGCGUAUGACGUACUUAUGUUAGAGGAGGGAAGUAGGCGACAGAGACGUAAUCCUGAAGAAUUGUAUUAUUCAGACACCUAUUAUCCAAGAAUGUUACUGGGUCCUUCAACUUCAACAACUUCUGACGGCGAUACUUCUAUGACUGUUGCUGUACCACAAGACAUGAGCGUCGUCACAUCCACACCUAGUAUUCCAACGAUUCAAGAUCAACAUCCACUACCAACGACAUUCACAGAGCAUCUCGCAAUACUAGCUGGCAACGAAGUUGGAAGACCGCCUAAUUGGAAUGCGGAAAAUAGUGGAACAAACACCAGUACAGAACUCGUUCCGUCCGGAUCUGGUCAUCGAAAGAAUUACCAUUACCACUAUAAAAGAAGACAAGUAGAGGGUAAAAGUAUGAAUCCGUCUAGUAUAAAAAUCAACGAAAGUAUAAUCUCCUUGCUAUUAAAGUUACAUUCUCAACUAUCUGGAAUACCAGAUAGUUACAAUCCAGAAGAAGUGGAAGCAAGUUCGAGCACGUCUGAUUCUUUCGGUGUUAUUGGUGAUGGACCGUUUUUCGUAACCAAAUUACUUCAAAAAAUAUCCGCGUUAGAUAGUACAUGUAAAAAUUGUAUACAAGAAACCAGGUUGAAGUUGUGGCCUCCGCAAUCGGAAUGUGAAGAGGAGCAAAAGCGUAGGGAAGAUAAAGAACGGGAAGAAAGAAGGCGAAGGGCGAAAGAACGACAGCAGAAACUUAUGGCUGAGUUUGCUUCUAGACAGAAACAGUUCAUGGAAAAAAUGGAGACCGAAGCAAGUGCCACAAGUAUGGACUGGAAAAACGACGAGAAUAUUCUGAUAAGCAAGCAGGAGUACGACUGCGUGAUUUGUAAUCAGAGUACUCCAAGUACUGAUGACAAACCAAUGGGGUUAGUCGUACUCGUGCAGACCACAAGCGUGAUAGGACAUCGGCGACGCCAAGGCCACGGAAACGAAAGGGCGACAUUGCCUACCUGUGACGAAGAACGGGAGCAUUUCCGAAGGGAUGACACGUUGACUUGCGAGUUCGACAGAAGGGUAGAAGAAUUGAACCGAUAUUUUGACUCGCCUUCCUGGUUGCUGUCUAUAAAUAUUGGUUGGGAAGGCGGAGUCCAUGUUCAAACAUGUGGACAUCAUCUUCAUCUGGAUUGUCUAGAGUCAUAUUUGCACUCGUUAGCACAGCAAAGACAACAAAGUUUAUCGCCUGAUGAUGGCGAAUACCUCUGUCCAUUAUGUAGACAAUUAGCUAAUUCUGUACUUCCCCUGUCACCCCAGUUAGGAGAUUGCUCUCAGAUGGUGCGAUCACGGCCUACCAGUAUGUCUGACGCUCUCAAUGAGCUUAGUGAUUUUCUUAAAGAAAACGAACAAACGCCUAAUACUACUAAGUUAUCAGAAGCAAUGGGUAAAGCAAUGGAAGACAUGACAAGUAGCACGCAACUGAAACCCAUGUUCAAGCCAAAAGGUGACAAGCCUAGUCACCAGAGCCUAUUCCUCUUUGUCACUUCUAUAGCUCGCACCAAUCUGGAGGUGGAAUUGAUUCAAAGGGGUGGCAGUCUUGUGAUAAAUGCAAAUGAGCCACCAAAUCCCUUACUACCAAAAAGGGACUGUAUAGUACCAUUACUUCAUGUUCUUGCUGUCCAUGCCCGUGUUUUGGCUUUGUGGCCGGCAUGGAUGACCUUCCAACAGCUCUGUGGUUUACCCUCGGCUCCCUCUUCUUCAAUGUCUCUCGCGCCCGUCGAACGAGAAGUUCCUUUACUACUUAGAGAUCCAGUUGCUUUGCUCUUGCAAUUCGUUCUUCUAUUGCCUCUUCAUUUGGAUCAAUCGUACUUCACCACAGUAGUAAAAAUGAUGUACAACUUAUUGUAUUAUCAAGUAGUGGCGCAGGUAUCGUGUGGCUUAACAGGGGCGGAACGAGCCAAAGCGUGUGAAAAUGUCGCCUCUGGUCGAAUUGCAUCCCUAUCAAGUGCCCUUGCACUAAUCAAUGAAUGUUUGGGACGUUCCGAUCUUUACAUGGAUGAUGACGAACCCAGUUGUAGCACCAAUCUCCAGGUUAACUUGAUUGCUCUCGAGCAACAGGUUCAAAAGUUGUGUUUACCAUUCUUGCGAAUCGCCUCCCUCCUUCGACAUCACGUCUACAAUCAGUCAUUGCCGGAUAUACGCACUCCCCAAAGCGAAUUCGUUCGUCUGGUCUACUACUUGGAACUUGUAACCGAAGGCAUGGAUUGGGAAUGUUUCAACGCGGCCGUGGCCCUUAAUUGGCCAACCAACACCGAUAUGCACAUAAUAUCACCACGAAUGUGGUGUGCGCAGAUGGCUAGUUUUACCUCAAAAAGCCCAAUCGCUUCAAGAUCCUUUCUUGUCGACCAGCAUAUUAGCUGGCAUCCUCCGCGGUUGCUUCAGUUGCCCAGAGAGUACGAAAAAAUAUUCACGUAUUACCACGAGAGGCCGUGUAGCCAGUGCCACUCGGUACCACAGGAGACGAGCAUUUGUCUUUUGUGUGGCACAAUCGUUUGUUUAAAACAGAGCUGUUGUAAGCAACAAGAUGUGUGCGAAGCGGUUGCGCAUUCGCGAGAAUGCGGGGCCGGCACAGGCGUGUUCCUAGUCGUCACCUCGACCUAUAUAAUCGUGAUAAGAGGCCGAAGGGCUUGUCUAUGGGGCUCGCUAUAUCUCGAUGAUUUUGAAGAGGAAGAUCGUGAUUUAAAACGCGGUAAACCUUUAUAUCUUAGCAAGGAUCGAUACCAAUUGUUGGAGCAACAAUGGCUGGCUCACAGGUUCGAGCACACCAAAAAAUCGUGGGUUUGGCAUAGAGAUGGCCUGUGAAUGAUUGCAACUUCCGUAAACAUACAUAGCUGCAAGGUUUUUAUUGUUUUAUCUGCAAUUGUCCACUACGAACAACCGUGUUUUUAAGACUAAUAUUAUGACUACAUACAAUGAUUUUUUUAAAUAUCUCGUUUCUCAUUUAUUAAACACACACUAUACGUUAUUGUA